CUUUCUCAGAACUAUUCUGAAUUGCUAAUAAAGAAAGGCGAGAAUUUGAGAAUUGAGAAUUAGAUUCGUUAAUAAGCCACACGUCCAGUCGUCGUUAAAUAUCUUAAUCUUGAGAUCUCUCUACAACUCACUGGGACACUAAUUUGAAACGUUAAAGUUAGUUCGACGUCCAAGUUGACUAUCUCGGACUAUAUCUCAUUAGUCAUUACAAACAGUGAAGGUGGCAAUUUCGUUGCACACAUGUUUACCUUGAAAACUGAUCAUUCAAAUCCAAGAUGCCACAAUUGAUUGGAGUGAAGUCACUAUACAAAACGUGCCUUGAUUUUGUUGUAAACAACAUGGCUCUGUUGUGUGAGAAACCAACCAGUGAUUUUGAUCAGUUGCCUAACAAGGUAUUGGAGGAAAUCAUCAUUGCUCUUAGAAACAGAGGAUGUUUGAAAAGAUUUCUUGGUUUACUGGCCGUUCCUCAUUUGGAGACCUUGAAUCUGGGAUUUAUGCAAAGUGAAGAUGAUCGAUCCAUUGACAUUGAGCUUGAUAAUUCAAUCAGAUGUGUAAACUUAAAACAUCUGGCUUUCCACUCAAUUGCUUUUAGCGAUGAAUUCUUUACUUCUUUCAUUCCUAAACUUUCAAAAUUACAAGUACUGGACAUUUCAUAUUCUAAAGCAGAUGACAGCAGCUUGGAAGUAAUAGGAACUUGCUGCACACAUUUGAGAGCACUAGAUUUGUAUGAAUGCAAGAAAAUCACAGAUAUUGGAGUUAAAGGAUUGUGUGACGGUGCAAAGCAUAAUCUAGGAAGUGGAGUUGAUGGAUUGGGGCUGCCCAAAUCUCUUGUACAGUUGCGUUCGAUGGGUACAUCAAUUACCCACGCCGGAAUCCAAAUAAUCUUAGAAAACUUUCAUAGUCUUCAAGUCUGGGAUAUGGCUACUGUUCAAACCUUAGCGCGAAUUCACAAAGAGUUUUUCUUGAACCAAAAUUUGGAGAUUCCAAAGUAUUCUUUGUUAUGUUUAAGAAUCGCUUCCGCUUAUUGUGACGUCUACAUACCUAAAACUCUGGGAUUUGUUGUCUCUCUGUGCCCGUCUGUGAUCCAGGUGGAAAUCAAAAGCUACAAAGGACUGACAGACAGUGAUUUGCUUAGUUUGUUGUCUCUUAAAAAUCUCCGUAAUUUUAAAAUGAGUUCGGAUUUCCCUUCUAAUGGUAACGUCACGUUUGGUGGCGGUGUGACCCCAAUUUUAAAAGCCUUUGGGAAUUCAUCACUGAAGGCACUUUCCCUAUCCAGGUUGAGUGAUGUCAAUAUUCUGGAAAUCACACAGCUUUGCCCGAACCUUCACUCCCUUGAACUUAUCAAUAAUUUGAGCUAUUUCACCGCCAAACUUGUUAAAGAAUGGGUUAAGACUGAACCGACUGAACCUCAAGUAUUAAAGCAACUGGAAAGGUUGGGGCUUGUUGGUAGUGGUAUACCGCGCGAACAUUUAAUCUUGCUGUUGUCUUCGCCAUUAUUAGUGGAAAUAACGAUUAAGAGAUGUUCUACGCUCAACGACGACAUUCUCCAAAAGGUCGCUAGAAUUCAAAAAUUCAAUAAUCUUGAAAAGUUUGUCGUUAUGUUUUGCCACAAUGUGACCGAGAAAGGAAUUGAUAUUUUCAUGAAUGCUCAAAACCAUCUUAAAGAUAUCUUGAUCGAUCGGUGUGAUGAAAUAUCGAAGAGUAAUGUAGAGCGUUGGGAAGAGCAAGCUAAAAGGAACAAUUGGCAAUUACUCAUCUAUUAUCAGUCAAGUAAUGAGUAGUUUCACUGAGCAUUGCAUUGAAGAAGACUUAUACGUGGUAAAAUGCGUGGGAGAACUUUUUGUCGGUGAUGAAUGUCGGAAUCGAUCAGAAUCUGAGAAAAUAUUUAUUGCUUAUUGAGAAUCUUUUUUAAAAACAAUGUCAAUAUAGCAACUACUGCUUACGUCUUAUUUUGUUCCCUUAAAUUUCCCUCUUGAUCGGUCGUGAAGCUUCGUAAACUAUGUCACAUUAUCUUUCAUUCCUGUCAUGUAGGCAUGUAGCCAAAUUUCAAUUUUUUGUCUGUUGUAGUCCUACUACCCACUAAUAAAGUUUGAAAAUAGAUUUCCACCAAUAGUUUUUUUCCUCA